UUUUUUUGCGCAGCCAUAGUUCAUGACAGCUUGCCUAUAAAAGGCGCCUCAGCCCCAGCUUGCUUGCCAUUCUUUCCUUAUCCCCGCACCUGUCUGGCUCGAUUCUUUUUAUUUUAAAAUGUCCACUGGACCCAGGCUCCGUGCCUACAUCCCGAAACAUAUCAUCCAGGAUGGACAUUGUCAAGUGCUUCGCCGAUUCGAUCACCGAGUUUGUCAGUGUUGAAACAGAGCAGGAAGCUGUGAUGCGUGAGGCAGCUAGCGAGAAACCGUUUUUUGUCUUUGAGAAGGACUAUUUCACUGCGUAUAACUCGCCAGAGGGAACUGUCAAGUGCAGCUACUGGUCCCGGAACAGGAUCACGCAAGAUAUCCUCUACCCGCAAUCCCUAUCAUGGCAGAAAUUGCUUUGCGAGCAGGAUGGACUGAAGGUAUAUCCUGAGCCACCAGGCCUGUGCUUUCUCCCAAGUGAUGGCACUUGUGAUGCCAGUUUAACUCUGAGAUCCAACAACAUUUCGGUUUACUAUAACGAUAUCGACAUCGAGCAAUUCGUUCAAACUGUCAAGAAGAUGGCCGCCUGCCAGCAGGGAUUCUUUUUCGUUGCGCAUAACGACAAGUUCGAAUGCGUUGAGGCCGGAGAAUACAAACAACAGGGUGGAUGUUAGCGCUGAUAAUGUUGGCUACUACACGCAGUGGUUUUCAAAGGAUCUGACGCGUAUCGAGAAGCGCAUGAAGCAUGUGACGUUUUAUGAAGGAGAAUUGGCUUAAGCGUCUGCCCAAUGGACAGUUCAGGCUCAAAGACUACCAGGGAAACGAGGUUCUUGAUGGCGAGCACUUUC